GCUGAACUUCAAACAAUGUUUUAGUUUAGAUUUAUACACUCUGAAUUGAUCAUGUGCAAAAUUUGGGUACUUCUACUUGCCAUACUGAGUGCUUACAUACAUAUGGCAACUUCCACAGAAGAUCCCCAUUUGUGCAUCAAAAAUGUCGAAGUGCCGUACACAGUAACGGAACGCGUUAACCUGGACAACUAUGGCGAGUUUGCCAUAGUUGUAAGUUUGCCAUGGUUGAAAAAGUCAAAUUGGAGCCACGCGAAGUAUGCUGCGAUGGCUACGAGCCUUCUGCUAUACCCGGAGAGGGCUGCCAACCUGUGCCUACAUCAACUGAAGACCCCGAACAGUGCACCACAGCAGCAUCAAUAGAAGACAAGCCAAUUGUGCCAAUGGCCAGGUCGAUGAGCUCAAAACUAAUUCGCAGCUGUGACUUUUUUACAUUUAUUCUCAUGGCAUUUCUGUUGGAUUAUUAGAAAUAAUUGAUAUUCUUACAAAUAAUAAAACAACAAAAAUUCUAUGCUUUUUAAAAAAUAAAA